CCCCCCAAAUUUAGCAUGGCAGUGGGAUCUAAAGAGAGUCUACCCCAGGGGGGUACCAAAACUUUUGGAGAAUCCCCCUCCGCGCACUUACGCCUGAACUCCCGUCUGGAGUCUGGGAGUAGGUGCGCGGGCGGCCCCACGUAUUCUGGGGGGGGCCCAAUCCCGCUCUUUGCUGCUGGUCGGGGCAAACAUAGCAAGCGCCGUUCGACAUCCCCUGCUACCCUAUCUGUGGAUCUCUGUAAUGUCAGGGGGCUCCGUUCCAACCUCGAAGCCGUUCACCACCACCUUGAGACGGCCAAGCCGGCCUUGCUCUUCUUGACUGAGACGCAGAUAUCUUCUCCGGCGGACACAUCUUUUCUUCAUUACCCCGGGUAUAAGCUCGAGUAUUGCUUUUUGCCACGAGCUGGGGUCUGUGUGUACAUCCGGGGGGAUAUCUGCUCUCGUCGCCUCGCCCACCUUGAAGGCCGGGACCUAUCCGUUCUGUGGCUGCGCGUAGAUAGCGAUGACCAUCCGCGUGUCUACGCGUGCCUAUAUAGGUCCCAUGGCGGAAAUACCGAUACUGACCAACUCAUGGAGCUAGUCCAAAUGGGCACAGAGUCCGUGUUGGAACAGAUCCCUUCUGCUGAGGUCGUGGUACUUGGCGAUUUUAAUGCUCACCAUGCCGAAUGGCUCGGCUCACGUACCACUGACCACGCGGGGAGAUCUGUUCACGACUUUGCCUUAGCAAAUGAUCUGACACAGCUGGUAACCUCGCCCACGCGAAUCCCAGAUGUGGAGGACCAUUUACCUUCCCUGUUGGACCUUCUGCUGACCUCUCAUCCGGACGGCUAUCUCGUGUCCGUAGAUGCCCCCUUGGGCUCGUCGGACCACUGCCUUGUCCGGACAAUAGUGCCAAUCUCAAGACGCCUACGUUCACAACCAACUGGUUGCCGUCAAGUUUGGCACUACAGGUCAGCAGACUGGGACGGGAUGCGGACCUUCUUUGCAUCCUACCCAUGGGGGCAGGUUUGCUUCAAUCUGGACGGUCCCGACGCCGUUGCCGACUCUAUUGCCGAUGUGGUGCUUCAGGGGAUGGAACUUUUUGUGCCAUCAUCUGUAGUGCCCAUCGGUGGUAAAACCCGGCCUUGGUUCGGUCAUUCUUGUAAGUCAGCUUUACGCUACAAGCGGGAAUGUUACCGUGCCUGGGCUGUAGCAUCGGCAGCGGGGGAUGAAACCACCAGAGAACUUAGAAAGAAGUAUAACCUCGCCUCCAGGUCCUUCAAAAGAGUAAUUGCAAGGGCAAAGUCCGAACACGUGGCCAGCAUUGGUGAGAAGCUAGUGCGCCUUCCAUCUGGAACGCGUGCGUUCUGGUCUCUCGCCAAGGCUGUCCAAGGAAACUUCUGUCGCCCAUCACUACCAUCUUUGCGCAGGGAGGACGACUCGUUGGCCCACACUGCUAAAGAGAAGGCCGAUCUACUGGCAUCACUCUUUGCAGCUAACUCGACACUGGAUGACAGAGGUAAAUCGCCGCCCAAAAUCCCUGGCGGUGGGACCUCCAUGUCGAACAUCCAGUUCAUCCAGAGGUCAGUGCGCAAAGCGCUGCGUUCUCUGGAUGUCAACAAGUCGAGUGGGCCCGACGGUAUCCCUCCCAUUGUGCUAAAGACAUGUGCUCCUGAGUUGGCACCGGUCUUAACGCGUCUCUUCCGUAAAUUUUUCAACUUCCAUCAAAGUACUUUACCUCCACAUCCGCCUCCGUUGAAAAGCCUUCAUUACAACCGACGAAACGACACAACAGUUGAAAUCAUCGUCACCGAAACGACAGUUGAAAUCAUAGUUAAACAGUUAGAAAUGCUAAAGUUAGAGAGUUUAAACACAGUUGUUAUUGAACUUUUAGGUCCUUUCUUAGUCCAUUACCAGCUGCGAGGAUUCUAG